UGUAUGUGGCAUGUUGACGCAGGAAAGUGAAUUAAUAUUGUCAGGGCGGUGACUGUGAUGAAAACUUUCAAAACUUCAACAGUCCCACCAGACCGGAUCAGAGCAGGUAGAACACUUCAGAGGAGAAGAUCCACACCAGCACCAGUACCAAUGCCCAACAGCUCAGUCACCACCUAUGCCCUCCCGUCUGACAUCCAGCUCGGGAAUGGGAGCGACGUGUUGGACGAGGUGGCCAGAGCUCGGCGCGUCCAGCAGCAGGUCCAGAUGAGACUGGCGGAGAAGUCUACACUUCCGCGUCAGAAUGGAUCGGCCUCACAACACGCAAUGUCAGACUACGGUGGUUCAUCCACAGUGAAGUAUAGCACCUACAGCCCAAACUUCAGCUCCAAAUCAUCCUACAUGUACACAGGCUCCAGAACAAUGGGUCCUCGUGUAUCCCAGAGGACAGACUUCAGCUGCCGGUCUGCAGCCCCAGACCUGGCCCAGUUUCAAAGGAUGAGUGUUGGGGGUGGAAUUGCAGGGGGUGGCAAUAGUGGUUUUUACCAAGAGGAGAUGCGUAUGGGUGGCUAUCAAGGACCCGUCAGGCAGCAGAGCCGAAUGGAGCAAGAUGUCAUCUCUGUGCACUCAUUGCGAAACCUGCCUGCAGUGAAUUCCUGGAUAGGUGACACCAGCGAUGCUGGCAGCUUGGUCUCUGACCGGGAUGCCACCUAUACUCAUCAGUAUGCUCAGAGCGCAGUCAAUGGCUAUAGCGGCCAGAUAAGACAAGGAAGUGGCACCCUGACUUAUCAGGCACCCAUGCAGCGAUCUCUAAGUGGUACUCUAUACCGUGGUGGAGGGAUGACUGGAGGAGGGACCGAGAUUAUCCAGCAACAGCCUUCAUUUAAAGGCCCAGCCCACCGUACAAUCAACAGAAUCACAAAUCGAAACCGGAUGAGCAUUGGCUCAUUGUCUGGCAACCAGGUGUCCUCAAGUGCAAGCUCUUUUGGUGGAGGAGGAGACAGAGUGGACAAAGGGUUUAUGGUAUCCACAAUGUCCUCUGGUUCCCAGGGGAACCUCAUGAUGCAGCGUCCAGGCACCUUAUCCCGCGCUGCGUCAAUAAAAAGCAUGCACAGUGUGGGCAAGGGCAUGGAUGUGUUCGGGCAGAUGGGAAUGGGCCUCAGCAUGAGCAAUCUCAGCGGGUUUGCCACCUUGGACAUGGCCACCGCAGUACAACACCUGAGAAAUCCUGACCCUGACCUGCAGGUCCUUGGUGCGGCAUACAUUCAGCAUCAGUGUUACAAUGAAAACGAGGCUAAAAAUGAGGUACGCAAUCUAAAUGGUAUCGGUGAUCUGGUGAAGCUCUUCAACAGCGAUAACCAGGAAGUGCAGCGUUAUGUCACUGGUGCCACACGCAACCUCAUCUAUGAGAACAUGGACAACAAGAAGGUCCUGAUUGAAGAGGGUGGCAUCCCAGAGCUAGUCCGGGCACUCAACGAGAACGAUGAUGAGCUCCGCAAAAACAUUACAGGUAUCUUGUGGAAUCUUUCAUCCAAAGACACACUGAAGGAGAAACUAGCCAAGGAGACACUUUUUGCCCUCACUGAGAAGAUCCUCGUCCCAUUGGCAGCCACAGAGAAGGAAAAUGCAGAGAGGAUCACCGAAUGCUCCGAAAUCAUCACAGAGUCUCCCUCUCAGUCAGAAAUCUUCUGCAACACCACAGGAUGUCUCAGGAAUCUGAGCUCUGUGAGUGAGAAGACCCGUCAUCAGAUGCGAGAAACUUCAGGAUUGGUGCCAUCUUUGGUGGAUUACAUCAAGGCCUCUCUUGACAAGAACAAAGCAGAAGAGAAGGGGGUGGAAAAUGCAGUAUGUGUUUUGAGGAAUCUCUCAUACCAACUCUACAGUGAACUUCCUCAAUCUGUUGCAAUACGUCUGGAAGGACCAACCAGAGAUCAGCACACAGGAAACGGUGACACUAUUGGCUGCUUUACACCUCAGAGUAAAAAAGCUAAAAAUAAAAAGAAUCAGGCUGCCUUCACAUUCAGUGAGGUUACAAAGGACCCAAAGGGUAUGGAGUGGCUGUGGCACCCUCAGAUCAUGGGGAUGUACCAUCGUGUGCUGAAGUCUUGUGAGAUUAAUGCCACCACCCGUGAGGCAGCUUCUGGAGCUCUGCAAAACAUUACAGCUGGAGACAAGAGGUGGGCUUCAGUGCUGUCCAGCUGGGCUUUGGAGCAGGAGCGAAUGCUGCCAACCUUGCUUGAUCUCAUGAACACCAACAGGGAUGUGGAGCUGCGCUCUCUCACAGGAUUCAUGAGAAAUCUGUCCCGUCAUGCCGUCAAUAAGGAUGAUAUGGCCACAAAGUCAGUAAGUCACUUGGUGGAAAAGUUGCCAGAAGAUGGCCAACAGAAGGAGCCGUCCAGCGAAGUGGUGGUUAACAUCUGCGGAAUUCUCAAUAACCUGGUGACCGGCAGCAGCUUGGCUGCCAGAGACAUCACCUUCUUCAAUGGCCUGCCGAAUCUGAUGGGCAUCAAGAACACACAUGACAGCAGCCCUGGAAAGAUUAAAGCAUCCAAAGCAGCAUCCACAGUCCUCACCAACAUGUUCCAUUAUAAGAAACUGCACAAACAGUACAAAACGAAAGGGUAUACAAGAGCAGACUUUGCAGACAUCUUAGUCUAAAGUGAAGAUAUUGUAGUCCACGGCUUAUCUGUACAACUCUGUGGUAAGAUUAUACUGGUGAUCCAAGAUCUGACCAAUGGAGGAAAUGGAAUUUGUUUUACAACAUGAUGGACGUCACUGCAGUCCAAGGACUGUGGAUCCAGCAGGACUAUGAAUGGACUCUCAACCUUUUUUCUAUGAACAGCGUGUGCUUAGUGUCUAAUCAGGGCUUGUUUUCCUGUCAGAGCAGCAUGUAUUUAAAGCAGUUUAUAAACUGCCAAAGGACAACAUUAAGGACACUUGUGCUUUCUCACUGGUGUGCCUUAUUGUAAGUUUGAAAGCAAUGAAUCUGAUAGUAGUGCAUUUUUGUAAAUAGAUUUAUAUCCUACACUGAAAUUAGUUUGAAAUUUUUAUAUGUUGUAGUAAAUUCUACUUUUCUAAUGGACAUGAGUCACUCUUGACAGUUUUAUUUGAAAGUAACCAGAAAUUUAUAGAAAUUUAGAUGAAAAUAAAUUUGCUGUAGAUGAUAAUUUCUCUACAUUUGACUUCUCCAUUUAAAACCAGUCCAGCCAUUUAAAAUCUAUCUGCUGCGGGACUGUUAGUAAUGGUGUGUAACACAUAGGUGAAAAUAAAGUAUGUUUUCUUGACUUUGUGGCAGAACACAUGAAAAUUUAGCUUUGCAUGUCUUCCAUCAUUGUGAAUAAGAAUUAUUAAUACUCUUAAGAGUUUGACAUAAAUCUGAGCAUAAAAGUUUUUUUUCAAAAUAAACCAGACAUAUUAAAACUGUAACCAUUACUGAUCUGUGUGGAUUUUGCAAGACUGCUUGUUUUAUUGCUUUUUAUGUUGCAUACAAACAGAUGUACUAUGUGAUUCAUUAAAGAGACAUACCUGGAAAUGAAA